UAAACUCGGGAGCUGGCGAAGCCUAGUUAUUGAAUAGAAUUAAAAAAUAAUAAUUAUAAUAAUAAAAUGAAAAUAAACUAUCCAAGAUAAUCGAAUAAUAAGAAACAUUAUAGGAAUCUGAAUUUCUGGGUCAGUAUCGGUAUCUGGAAGUAUUUAGUCUGUUCUCUAUUGUGCAAAUCACGAAAAGAGUACUGUUGAACAGAAUUGAACUACCACCAUCGGAUUCGUUAUGUUGUGCCACUUGAUUAGCACCAAACAAGGCAUACUGAAGUGAUCAUAUGCUUUGACAAAAAUCUUGAUCCAAAGCCUUAAAAACCAAGAGAGAUUAUUUCUCAACAUGUGUAGAAAGAAGACAGAAACAAUACUCAAACUUAUCUAUUAGAUAUUAACCAAGUUUAAAGCUCUUGAGCCCAGCUGAAAGGCCGCUGAAGAAGUUCCCUCUCUGUACAAACAUUUUCAGGAAAAUAAUCCUAAUAGAUAUUUCAACUCUAAGGUGUUUAGCAUACUGGUGUUAACAUGCCAACCCAUCCUUUAUUAGCAUACAUGGAAAGUCCAGAUGGGCUAGGUCAUGACAUAGUGAAUAAUACUAAUGCUAACAUGCCAGGUGCUGGCUCCAGCAUGACACCACACACAAGUAUUCAAGACAAGGGUUUGUCUCAGGCUGAAGGAUGCGUGCCUUUGGACUGUAUGUUUUGUGAGCAGACCUUUAAACACCAAGAGGAGCUUGGGCGUCACGUCCAGACCCAGCACAGAACAACACUGUGCGAGCCUGCCGUUCUGCGCGUGGAAGCAGCGUUUUUAGCUCCAAACGAGAAAGGCAGAGUAAAAGCCUCUUCUGUGCUGCAUGGAGAUAAAGACAGUAAAGAAGAGGAGGAGGAGGAGUUUAGUUGUGAAGUUUGUUGGCAGGCGGCUGAGGAUGCCACAGAUUUGGAAAAUCAUAUGAAGAAGCACAAAGACUCGUUCACUUAUAGUUGUAACGUUUGUGGAAGACGAUUUAAGGAGCCCUGGUUCCUGAAAAAUCACAUGAGGACACACACAGGGAAGCCAGGAGCAAAAAACAAGACUCAGGCUGACACAGAAGCCCCUGUGACCAUAAACGAGGUCGUUCAAGACCAAAUUACUGGGAAUGUCACUUCUCCCUACAAAAUGUGCAUGGUGUGCGGGUUCCUGUUCUCAAGCAAAGACAUUUUAAUGGAGCACAGUCGAGUUCACAACCCUGAGUCCGAGACCAAUGAUGAGGAAGAGAAGGCUGUAGAGGAACAGCCUGUUACUGGAUCGCCCGUAUCCCAAGAGUCCUUUCUUCAGCUGCUUAACCUGCGCCCGCAUGUCUCAGAAACCAGCAUGAAAGCCGAGAAGUCUGCAAAAUGGAUCGAGCAGCUUGACCCUUUUAAUACUUACCAGGCUUGGCAGCUAGCCACAAAAGGCAAAAUUGCUGUCGGGCCGGGGCAGACCAAAGAACCCGGUCACGAGAUCAGCACUGAUAAUGAAGAUUCCUGCUCAGAUAAAGAAGAACUCCAAGAAAUAUGGUCCACAAGUAGAAGUUACAAUCCAGUUAAGGAGGGCUUAAUUUGUAAACUGAAAUCUAAACGUGCCAGUGGGGACACCCCUUCCCCAGAUAUAGAUCACAAGUCUCUACAGAGCAAGGAAAAGCCAACUCAGUGUGGGGAUUGUGGGAAGACCUUCAGAACUUACCACCAGCUGGUGCUCCACUCCAGAAUACACAAGAAGGAAAGGAAUGGUGCUGAGAGUCCUAUCUCCAUUGACAGCAAGCAGUUAAGUACUGGAUCUAUGGAAAGUGGCACAUUGGACCGAACUGAAGAAUGUUCUGAAGAUGGCUCAGAAGAGGGAAUACAUGGCGAUGUAUUUCAUUCAGAUAAAAGUGAAGAUGGCUCUGAGAAAGGAAAGAGCAAAAAUCUUGGCUCCUCCAAAGAGUGCAGUUACUGCGGAAAGACUUUCCGUUCAAAUUAUUACCUCAACAUUCAUCUCCGGACACACACAGGUGAAAAACCGUACAAAUGUGAGUUCUGUGAGUAUGCUGCAGCUCAGAAGACAUCGUUAAGAUAUCACUUGGAGAGACACCACAAAGACAAACAUUCUGAAGCUGAACUUGCUGGUAAAACUUCAUCGGCAUCACUUGCUCCUGAAGAAGCCUUACCAAGCAAGGAUAAAUCUGCUCAGGAAUUAGCUUGCGCAAAAGGUGCGUCUAAACACCUUGAUAUUGACCAAAAUGCAAAACAACGCAAACAGCUGUGGUCUUCACCCACAUCCAGCAUGGUGCUUAACAGUGCUUCACGUGUUGGCUUGAAAAGUGAGCAUCUGGACAAAGCCACAGUGAUCAAGAAAUCCUGCCAGGCUGCCCGGAACACUGGAGUAAAAUCAGAAAAAGAAAGUGCUGUGUCCAGUGAUUCUUUAGGGUUGGGAAGUGGGGCCCAUGGCAUCAGUGAUUCUGUAUCACUCAAACUGAAGUUGGAAAGAAAAGAAAUAAAAGAGGAGUCAUUUGAGAAACCAUUAAAUUUGUCCUUUAAAAUGUCGCUUUCUGUUUCCUCUACCUCGGAUCCUAAGAGUGCAUUAACAACCAGUACCUGCCCAUUUUGUACUUAUAAAACUCUAUACCCAGAAGUCCUUUUGAUGCACCAGAAGUUGGUGCAUAAAUACAAGCCUGAUGUUACCAGCACAAAUGGGUUAAAAAGUACUGCUGCCCUCAAACAAAAAAGAUACACUGGAUGCCCCCCUGCCCUUGAGGGAAAAGAUGUUUCCCCCUUGCCUUUGUUUCACAGAAGCCACCCUCGGCGAACCAAGUCUCCACCUUACCAGCAAGCAAAGCCCCUUGGCAAAAUAAACCCAACUAAGACUACUCCACCUGCUGUGCAAUCGCAUGAAGUAGAAUCAAGAAAAGUAGCUCAGAACAGGAGGGGGGACACGCAGCAAAAUCCCCGUCGGCUAAAUCAAACUGAAGUUGGACAAGGCACUUCUGAAGCUCACCCCAAAAGGGACGGAGAUGUCGCUCUGUCCAGGAGACCCAAUUUUUUAGGCAGCGAAGGGCCUGUGCACAGAGGUCGUCAGGUUAGAAAUGGAGAUCUGUGGCGGGGUGAUUCUGUAAGGGUCAGCCUUUCUAAUGGGAAUGGAAACCCAGUGCAUUUGGACUUUGGAGAGCCCUCCAAUAAGAGAUGCAGGUCUUCCAGCUCAUCGAGCCAUGAGCAAGACGUUUCUGAGAGGAGUAGUUUCAUGAGAGGUGACCACCACGGCAUGCUGUUCGUUCCAGGGAGAAACAUGGUGACGUCUAGGGAAAGCUCACCCACCACAGCGGCACAUUCCUUCUCUCCAGUGAAAACGUCGCCGUCUGUACAUGCAAAUGGAGAGGAUCCAGAAUGGAAUGUAUUGAAUGUUCUCCGGUCCUACAACCCCCAUGACCUUGCUUCAUUGUACAAUUCUGGUGGCACGGGCAUGAGCCAAGGAUCUGCUGCAGUUGUAGAAGGGAAUAGGCCUUUACUCUAUCAGCAUUACCCAAGUAGCAUGCUACAAAGGAGGAACUAUCCAAGCCCUAGGAGUAAUGCACGCUCUGGACCCACUGAUAAGAAUGCUUAAAAUAUGACCAUUUGACAGAUGACUGGUCUGAAUUAAAUGAGAUUUUGUGCUCUGUUCUGUUUGCCUUUGUUUAAUAUAACAGAAUGGAAAAUAAACAAAAGUUUGAAGCUCCUGGAAUAAGAUGUGACUUGUACAUAUCUAAAACACUACUGUUAGUGUUGGCUGUGCCACAGAGAUUUUAUAUGCACCUGCCUGUAAAAUUUCAAGUUAGCUGACACUUGAAUGUUCUCCGAGGUCAUGUUAAAAAAUGAAUAUGUCCAUACAGGAUUUUUUGCAAGAGGCUUCUGUAGUUUAAUUGGAGAAUUGUAGGUGAGGAGAUAUAUAAACUAGUUUUUACAGUAACAAUAGAUCCUAUAGGACUUUUGUCUCCACAGCCUUUAAGUUAUAAAGGGUGACCUUUUUAAGUGAAAUAUUCACUCAAGUGCUUUAAAACAAGACAACAAAAGAUAGACUUAUCGGAUGCAGGUUUGGUAUUGGAAGAACUGGAGCACCUCCUUGGUGAAGCCACUUGUAUCAAAUGUCUAAUCCCUGAUUGCAAUGAACCGUAAAUUGUAAGGAAGUACUAGCUUGUCCCUUUUACAAAUACAAAUGCUAUGACAUGCCAGACCAGACCUAAAAUCUCAAAGCAAAAGCGUACUGAUGAUAUGAUAUAGUAUUUGUAGAAUGUUUGUAGAUUCUCUCUUAAAAACUGACAGUUUUAACCUCACUAGGCUCCACAUUUUAAACCUGCUGAGAGCAGACGGACUCAGAAUGAAUUACUGCACUUGUUCUCGAGUUGACUGUUGCUGCCGUGGUAUUUUCUAUGGCUUUUGAGAACUAUUCAGAAUGUGAGAACAAAGCCCACACAACCUCACACUGUUGUGCUGAGCAGAGGAGUGGAGAGUUAACAUGGAGGACACACAGACACGGACCAAAAAUGAAGUGGAACUGCUUAAAUACACAAGCUGCUGACUGUCUUCAAGGUCGAUGUUGAUUAUAAACGGACGGAUAUUAUGAUAGUGUUACAUUGGGCAGCUCAUGACAUUUCUUCCCAUUAAGUUUUUGUAAUGACUUUUUCAGUAUAAAUGUGCUUUAUGUUUAUUUCAUUUAAUUAAGUAUGGUGUAGGCACUUGCUUAUUGUACCUACUUGAAACAAUUCAACCACAAUACUUGCAGUGUGCUUGUCUACUGCUCUUUGCAUUCCAUGCACUGGACAUCGCUUCUUUGGUCAGUUUAAUUUUUGUGUUCAUGGUCUAUGUCUCCUCAAAGUGGGGUUAAAGGAGGAGGAGGGUUGUGAGGUAGAGAUGACAUUUAGAUGACGUUGGCCAUGAAUACCAAAAUCUUUAUUGGACUGACCGCAGUGGGGAUUAACCAGAAGUCUUCUGCUAUGCAAGUACAGUGUAUUCACAUACAGUAGGUACAGCACAGUUUAACGAUGUAAAUACUUGCACUGUACUUUGCUUGGUGUCACUUAGUAGGAAGUGUAACUGCCCAGCAUUUUGCCCAGUCUUGUGGAAUACGGUUCAUAGAACAUAUAAAUCAGUUCCCUUUUAUUCAGGGGUUAAUGAAUACUAGCUAAGUGGUACCAUUUAAUAUAUUUUACCUGGUCUAAACUUGAAAUCAAGUGUAGUCAUUAAAUAACAUUGCCGCCCGUUGCCUAUCUAAACGCAUUGUACUGGGAAAAUUGUUUUCAGGAUUUCUUUGUUUUUCAUUGAGAUAACACCACAUACCAUUUAAAGCUACUGUCAACACAUUUUAUUUCCAAAGAGCAAAACAGCACAAAUAUUCUUGCACUGAUUUCAAAGUUAGUUUGUGUUUUUUCAAUUGCAAAACAAAUGUAAAAAAAAAAAAAAUCAGGAUGUCAGUGCUAAAAUGCCUCGGCUACUUAAAACGGGUCUUUUCUGAUUCUUUUAACACAUUAUUGUAUAACGGGAUUGUAGUUUUAUAAUCCUUCAAUGAGGUCUUGUUCCUAAGCUGAGCCAUAUGUACAUAUUAGAUUUUUUUUAUAUAUAUAUAUAUAUAUAUAUAAUUUUGCACUUUCACAAAAUACUUGCUGGUUUAUACAGUUUUGUUAUACAAUUUCUUGAUUUCUGAUAUUUAUUGUACGCCUGCUGCAAGCUGUGCUGCUUUCUCCUGCUUUACCCAUAAAGUGGAUGUGUUACAACACAAGCAGUGUUGAGCUGUGUCACCAGAUCUAGUGCCAGCAGGUGUGCUGUUUGGACUGGCUUGAGACCUGUUAAGCUUGUGCAUUAUGUUGCUGAUGUGAAAUGCAAAAACAAUAUGCCACUACUGAUCAGACGAUGGCAAAUUUGCAUUAGUUAAGAGUUAUGUUUCCAUCUUGACACUUAUCGUAUUCAUUCUGAAAAUGUUAUCUUAUUGCAUUCUGUAUGUUUUCUGAAAUCUGUAUUCCAAACAUUUUGUUUUCUAUAAUUCAAAUGGAAUUGUAGAUUGUAGAUACUUGGUUGUUACAUUAAUUGAUCAUUUAUAUUUUCAUCUAGAGAGCAUCAUAAUGCUUCUGCAAGCUAGUUAAACACUGAAUAAGGCAGUUCAAAUGUCCCAUGAAAUGGAUGUAUUACGCAUCAGUAUUAUGUACUGGCAGAAAGGUAUUUGUUCUAAAGUUUGCAUAUUAAGGUACAUGACUAUUUUUGGUUUUCUUUUUUAUAAUUUAUUUCAUGAUGUGGGAUUAUUUUUAAAACUUUCGGUGUAAGCAAUACAUUGUUCUUUAUUUGUGAAAUUUACAGUGUACUGCCUGUACGUUGGUUGAAACAUAUCACUUAAUUCAGUUUGUAAAUAUAGAUUUAGAGUUUUGCA